CGCGCCACGCCGUCGCCCGCGCCACCACCCCUUAGUCUCUGCUGGAGGAUCGUGACCGCCAUUCCCCGCUUUUUUUUUCUUUUUAUAAUCUCUUGAAUAAUUAAAUCUAAGAAAGAAAAAAAUCCAUCUCUUGUGCCUGUUGGAUUGCGGGGAUUUUCUUUUUUUUUUAAUUUAAAAAAGAAAGGAAAAAAAGGGGGGGGGGACUCCGACCACACUUAUUUUUGCCUCGUUUUACAAUUCUGGUGUGACCGAGACAGCCCGCGGGAGACGCUGCCGUGAGGUGGGCCAGCUCGCAGGAAGAGCACCGAGGCAGCCUCGAGGGCCAGUGCGCCGCCAAGGACAAAAGGAAGCUCGCGCCGCGCGCUGAACACCGUUCCUCCGGAUCAGCAUGAAGAAGACCGAAAUGGGAAGGUUCAACAUCUCCCCGGAUGAGGACAGCAGCAGUUACAGCUCCAACGGUGACUUCAACUACUCAUACCCCACGAAGCAGGCUGCUCUAAAAAGCCAUUAUGUGGACGUGGACCCCGAAAACCAGAACUUUUUACUUGAAUCGAAUCUGGGGAAGAAGAAGUACGAAACAGACUUUCAUCCAGGUACUACUUCCUUUGGAAUGUCAGUAUUUAAUCUGAGCAAUGCGAUUGUGGGCAGUGGAAUCCUUGGGCUUUCUUAUGCCAUGGCUAAUACUGGAAUUGCUCUUUUUAUAAUUCUCUUGACGUUCGUGUCGAUUUUUUCUCUGUACUCCGUUCACCUCCUCCUCAAGACUGCCAACGAAGGAGGGUCUUUAUUAUACGAACAGUUGGGACAUAAGGCAUACGGUCUGGCUGGGAAGCUGGCAGCCUCCGGAUCGAUUACAAUGCAGAACAUCGGAGCUAUGUCAAGCUACCUCUUCAUAGUGAAAUAUGAGUUACCUUUGGUGAUCAAGGCGUUAAUGAACAUUGAAGAUACGAAUGGGCUGUGGUAUCUGAACGGCGACUAUCUGGUCCUUCUGGUGUCCUUCGUGCUCAUUCUCCCAUUGUCACUGCUGAGAAAUCUAGGAUACUUGGGGUAUACCAGCGGCCUUUCUCUGCUCUGUAUGAUAUUCUUUCUGAUUGUGGUGAUUUGCAAGAAGUUUCAGAUUCCUUGCCCUGUGGAAGUGGCUUUGAUGGCUAACGAAACGGUGAAUGGCACCUUUACCCAGGUGGCUUUGGCAGCGCUGGCGUCCAACAGCACCGCAGCCGAUACCUGCAGGCCCCGUUACUUUAUCUUCAACUCACAGACUGUGUAUGCUGUGCCCAUCCUGACGUUUUCCUUUGUCUGCCAUCCCGCUGUCCUUCCCAUCUAUGAAGAGCUGAAGAGCCGCAGCCGGAGAAGGAUGAUGAACGUGUCCAAGAUUUCUUUCUUCGCCAUGUUUCUGAUGUAUUUGCUUGCCGCCCUCUUCGGAUACCUGACAUUUUACGAGCACGUGGAGUCAGAACUGCUACAUACCUACUCUGCGAUCGUGGGAACUGACAUUCUCCUCCUCGUUGUCCGCCUGGCUGUGCUGGUGGCUGUCACCCUCACUGUCCCCGUCGUCAUUUUCCCAAUCCGGAGUUCGGUCACUCACUUACUGUGCCCUACAAAAGAGUUCAGUUGGUUCCGGCACAGUGUCAUUACUGUGACGAUCCUGGCCUUCACCAAUUUGCUCGUCAUCUUUGUCCCCACUAUCAGGGACAUCUUCGGGUUCAUUGGUGCAUCGGCCGCUGCAAUGCUGAUCUUCAUCCUUCCGUCUGCUUUCUACAUCAAGUUAGUGAAGAAAGAACCCAUGAGAUCCGUGCAAAAGAUUGGGGCUCUGUGUUUUCUCCUGAGUGGCGUAGUCGUGAUGAUUGGAAGCAUGGGCUUGAUUGUCCUGGACUGGGUCCACGAUGCCUCUGCAGGCGGACAUUAACCGCCCCACUCAAACUGAACGGUCCAUCUGCCUGCCGCGUUGGGUCCACUCAACUCGCUCAGACUUCACCCGAUGCUUUCGGGUCACUUCCUUCUGAAGUGCAGCCUCCUCGCUGGUUCUUCUGGAUGCAGAAUAAGUGAACUUUUCUUUCUCUUUGGUUUUUUUUUUAAAAGAAGCUUAUCUGUGUGUUAGGGAAUGGAUAUUAACACCAAAAACCACGAGCCUUGGGUUAAGGGAAGUGACAGUUUAUUCCAUUCCAGAGAAUGGACGGACUUUUAUCAAAGCCACAUGUCUGGCUGUCUCAUUGUUUAACUUGGAUAUUUUAUGAUUUUACUUGAAUGUGCCUAACGGAACCAUUCGAUGUGAGAAACACUUCUUAAUUUACAGCAAAGUAUUGAAAUAAGCAUUGAGAAAAACACUUAUUUUUUGUACCAAAAAAAAUACUUUAAAAGACCUCAGAAGCACUAUUUUACUUUGAAGAAAUUGCAUUUUUUGAACUUUAUCCAGAACCAGUUGUCAAUAAACUCCGUAAAACAAUUUCAUUGAUAUUUAAAAAUGAAUAUUAGUAUUAUGAAAUUAUUUGCCUUUUUUAUAGGCAUUAUAAGCCAAAUACUUUUUUACCCCAAAAUCAUUUUCGGGAAAAUGUUACGCAAAGUUGCACCAUGAGUUAGCAUGGUUUUGUUUUGCUCAUUUCAGAUUCAUUUGAAGGAUAAUUGGUAAUUGCUGCACCAAAUCCGGUGAGCCUCCCUCCGUUCAUCGCUGUCUUUGCCUUCAGAUAAUUGGUUCAUUAAAACUAAAAUGUUUGUGUCUUCAAUUAGGCUGGGAAACACUGUAGGAAAUGAAAUAACUGAUUUUGAGGUACCAAAUAGUGCAAUUGGGUAAAACAGGGUUUAUUCAGUUGCGUCUGUCCCCAGAGUUCUACUGUCAACUCUGGGUCGUGCUUUUGGGCCCAUCCUUUAAAACAUCGCUUCCAAAAGUGAAAAUGGGCGUUUGAUGGCCCGCAGGCCAAAGCUGUCCAAUAGAAAGCAGUAGAACUUUCAAACGCUCGCCUACUGGAAGCGUGAUUUACUUGACAACACGCGGCUCAGUUGUGUUCCUGCUGUGUCUACAGUAGAGGUCUAGACGGCAGGCUGCACCGUGCUGUACACUGCAAGCUCUCUUCAGAAAGGUCACUGGGUUUCUCAUGCAGUAAGCUUUCUAAGAACUCGCACUGGAUCGUCAUCUCAUUGUACGAUGCAGAAUUGCUUGUUUACAUGGAACGAGUGAUCAGUUAGGGAAGCAGUACGAGCGAUUGUACCCAGUUCUGGUCCAGCUGCAUGCUUAGCUUUCCACUUCAGCUCCAGUUACAAGUGGAAGCAUUUCUUUGAGGCUUGGCUUUAAGAGCACAUUUACUGUAUGUUAACGGUGUAUGGUGAAUAUAUUAUUAAAUAAUGUGGUACUUGCCCAUCAGGCAUAAUGUCUAAGAUCUAAUAUACAUAAUUCCAUUAAGCGGUGGAGGGAAGCAAGUGGAAUCGUCAUCUGGCUCCUGAGGUUUUUCUCUUGAACUAAACUUUUUUUUUUGGUUCGAGGCAAGGGCCAGAACAAAUGUGACACACAUGGUUUUUGUUACAGUCUUGUAUUGUAUAUGUGACUAAAUUCAUAGGCAAGAUGUGUCUGCUACUAAAGACCCUUGCAGACGGGAAGACGUCUGGUAGUGCUACGUUGGGUACAACCAAUGGUCAGUUCUGUCCCGAAGAUGAAAUUGCUGGGGAUCAUGUAGACGCAAAGGCAGUGAGAAGAAGACACUCCACCCUGCUGCUUUUCAGUCCUUCAAGUCCAGAACCUCACCUUUAGUCAAAAGACUUGGCACUUCUGCUCGAAGUCCUAAAAAGAGUCGCCGCUAAGGUCUGCCAGGGGAGCUGAGGAACAGGCAUCCAAGAAAAGGUGCCAUGGCAACCAGGAUCCUCCUCACAGCCGAUCAGUGUGGAGAGAGCACAACUGAAGGUUCACAAUGAAUUUCAGGCCAAAUUCCAACGCUUGGGGCUCUGUCAGCCUUGAGGUUCCUAAACCGAGUUCUCAGUCUUGAGCAGUCUUCAGUAUUAAAACCACUGUCCCGUCACCUCGGUUUGCAUUACUGUCUUCCACGGAACGUUUCAAUAACUGUACUGUUAUUUAUAGAGCAGCAUUAAUCCAUUAAAGCUAACCUAUUUUUCAAUAUUUAUGGUAAACUGUACAUACAUUGUCCAUAUGUAUUUGUAAAUAAGCUGUAUAUACUGUUGGAAUUGGGUCUUGGGUUCAAGUGUAUAUAUUCCCCCUAAAUUUUCUUAACUGCAUUUUGAUGAAUUCACAUUAUAUAUAGGUCCCCGGAUUACUUGUACAGAGGAUUCAAUAUUGACAUUGUGUAUAAUACUAAAAUUGAAAAUAACUUGUUUAAAUUGUAUUUGCAAUAAACUGGUUGGUCAUCAACACAAGUUCAGAUAUCAAACUAAAAGCUUUAAAUGAGGUGUCUAAAUUUUCAAAAUGCAGUAGGUACAACACGGCUAUCUGGUAACUUGUCAUGUGAUUUCAAUGGAAGUCACGUGGACUCCUUGUAUGUAUAUAGUGUAAAUGCCCCCGCUGUACUGUAGAGGCUGACAGGCCACUGUGGCUUGUUGGCAGGGAGUGCUAUGCCAGUUUCAAUGAAACAAUGUAUGUUUGUUUUAACUGAACUAAAAUAAACACUUAAUCCUG